AUGUCAAACUUAUCGUUCCCACCGUUAGCGCUCGCAUCCUCAUCGAACAGCUUGGUAGUCGCUGCCGGAUCUUCGGUGGUAUUGCUCGAUCCCAGUAGCUCAAAGGUGAUCUCUUCGCCUUCAGUAGAUAACAGAGCGCAUCAAAAUGGAUUGAUCCGAAAUAUCGCUGUAUCCCAUGACGGUAAAUUAGUUGUCAGUGCAGGAGAAGAUAAAUCUCUCAAAGUAUGGGAUGUUGAAGAAGAAGAGCUCAAGCUCAGAAGUACCAGAACAUUGAUCAAGAAAGCAUCACAUGUCAGUUUUGGCCAAGAUCAAUCUAUCAUUAUAUCUGAUAAAGUCGGAGACGUCUUCUCAUACCCUCUCGAUCCAAUUCCAUCUGAUCCGUCCACUUCCAAAAUACCAAUGUACUCUUUAGUAUCUGAUCCAUCAAAGAACCCGGAGAGUACCUAUUUACUUGGUCAUGUGUCCGUCGUAAAUUGUCAUGUUGUGUCUCCAGAUGGAAAACAUCUCAUCACAGCAGAUCGUGAUGAACAUAUUCGAGUAUCAAGAUAUCCUAAAUCAUACGUGAUUGAAAGAUAUCUCUUUGGACAUGAUGGAUUCGUAUCAGCUCUUCAUAUACCUCCAUCACAACCAUCUACAUUAAUAUCGGGCGGUGGUGAUGCAUCACUUCGAAUAUGGGAUUGGUCAAAUGGCACUUUACUAUCGAAAGUUGACAUCUAUCCAUCUGUAUUACCUCACAGAAAAGUCAGGAGUUAUAUGCGUAAAAAUAAGUCUAAAAGUAGAAUUCGAAAACCCGAAGACUCGGGUGAAACUAGCGGAGAAGGAGGACGAGAAGAAGAAGAAACGUUCUAUACUGCACCUGAAGGCUAUAUCUUACCUUCAGGACAAGGUGUAUGUAUCAAGAAAAUCGAUAGUUUACAAUUCAACGGAAAGACAAUGAUACUUUUUUUCUCUGAAGGAGCCGCAGCAUUACAUUCUUUCAUCUUAUCCUCCGAUACAGCAUCCUCGCCAAUAGUACACACGCAAGCUUUACCUUAUCCUAUAUUAGAUUUCAGCGUGCUACCGAACGACCAUGGUCAAAUAGUCGUUUCACUUGACACAGCUUGGAAUGUACUGAAGAAGAAUCCCGGCCCUGGAAUUGAGAAUAGACAGGAACCUAUUUCUCGGGAAGAAUUGUCAGAUACUGAGAAAGAGGUAUUGAAGGAUUCCUUCACAAUAAUUCAAAUGGGCGAAAAUGGAGAACUUUCUGAAUCCUCUUCAUCAUCCAUAUACAUAUCAUCAUCCCUCCCUUCUGCUUUGCCUAUAACUGACGUGAAAACACUUUCCAACCUCAACCUCUAUCCAUUACUCAACAUCCUUCCAAGAUGGCCUGGAUUAGACGAUGAUCCAGAUGAUACACCAAUAUCAAUCCCUGGAACACCAGCGUCCGAAGACGCAGUAUCUAUAGCACCCACUUCAAUGACAUCACGAACUGUCAGUGGUAUAAGAAAGAAUUACACUGCGAAAGAGUUGGCUCAACUGAAUACAAAAUCAUUAGGUAGAUUGAAAGCCGCAGGUGUGGAUAUAGGCAAUUUACUGGUUCAAAGACAGAAAAAGGCAAAAGAGGAGAAUCGAAAGAGGUUAGUAGAAGAAAAAGCAAAAGCCAGCCUACAGCAAGGGAUGCAACCUGCGAAGAAGAAUGAGAAUGGGCCGGAGAAGAAGAAAAAGAAGGUUCAGAUAGAUGAAGAGGAUUUAGCUAAUUCCAGUUAG